CACUGUUCAAGGAUGUUUGAGAUAUUUUCUGUCUUGCCUGAAUACAAAACAUUGUAGGGAACCUCCUUGUGCUUGACUUUGCACACACAGGGGAUCUUCAGGGUGGGUACAUUUAAAACUAACAGGUAUUGCCAAAUUGCUCCCCCCCAAGGUAGUUUUUACACCCCACCUACUACUCUCAGUGAAAAAUCAGGCCCUUUUUAUUUUAAGGGCUAAAUGGCUAAUCCCUGUGUGGAAAUGGGUGUUACCAAAAUAAAAAAUAAGGAAAAUAUGCAAGUUUACCCAAUUUUGUUAUCUAUACAUUUUACAGUCUCUAAUACUUAGUAUAGCUCCUUUGGGUGUCUGCCCACCACCCUUCUUUCUGAAGGUGGGGCUCCCUGGGCUUUCCUUGUUUGACUUCAGACCUGGAUCUAAUCGGGAUCUGGAGGUAGAAUCAAGACAAAUGUUCCCUUUGGCCUCAGGUGAGUCCUUUGCCUCUCUGAGGCCCUCUUGAUGACAUCCAGUUCUCUAGACCUCUGCCCAAACCAGAGCAAUCCCUCCUCAAAUAUGCUAAGCAGAAAUGCAGACAAUAUAAGACACACUAUAUUUAUAUUUUAGGAGUUUACAUUACCUUCCCUUCUAUUUGGAAAUCAACAUCUCUCAAAAUUAGGUAUAGUUAACACAGAAUACCCCCAAAAUACCACCAUUCUUCAUAAUUCCAUCUGCUUAUUUCUGGAUUCUUUCAAGGGUAAAAACCUUGUUUCAUUCAUCUUUGGGGCCAGCAUUCUGCCUAGUAUGUGGUAGAUUUUGGAUAAACUGACGUGAUUUUCUCUUAAUAUUCCAACUGGAUUAUUUCUUUCUCCUCUUACAGAAUGAAGAUAUUCAAAUGUUAUUUUAAACAUACCCUACAGCAGAAAGUUUUCAUCCUGUUUUUAACCCUAUGGCUGCUCUCCUUGUUAAAGCUUCUAAACGUGAGACGGCUCUUUCCGCAAAAAGACAUUUACUUGGUUGAGUACUCCCUAAGCACCUCGCCUUUUGUAAGAAACAGAUACACUCAUGUUAAGGAUGAAGUCAGGUAUGAAGUUAACUGUUCGGGUGUCUAUGAACAGGAGCCUUUGGAAAUUGGCAAGACUCUGGAAAUAAGAAGAAGGGACAUCAUUGACUUGGAGGAUGAUGAUGUUGUGGCAAUGACUAGUGACUGUGACAUUUAUCAGACUCUAAGAGGUUAUGCUCAAAAGCUUGUUUCAAAGGAAGAGAAAAGCUUCCCAAUAGCCUAUUCUUUGGUUGUCCACAAAGAUGCGAUUAUGGUUGAAAGGCUUAUCCAUGCUAUAUACAACCAGCACAAUAUUUACUGCAUCCAUUAUGAUCGUAAGGCACCUGAUUCCUUCAAAGUUGCCAUGAACAAUUUAGCUAAGUGCUUCUCCAAUAUUUUCAUUGCUUCCAAAUUAGAGGCUGUGGAAUAUGCCCACAUUUCCAGACUCCAAGCUGAUUUAAAUUGCUUGUCGGACCUUCUGAAGUCUUCAGUCCAGUGGAAAUAUGUUAUCAACCUGUGUGGGCAAGAUUUUCCCCUGAAGUCAAAUUUUGAAUUAGUGUCAGAGUUGAAAAAACUCAAUGGAGCAAAUAUGUUGGAGACAGUGAAACCCCCGAACAGUAAAUUGGAAAGAUUCACUUACCAUCAUGAACUCAGACGGGUACCUUAUGAGUAUGUGAAGCUACCAGUAAGGACAAACGUCUCCAAGGAAGCACCGCCCCAUAACAUUCAGAUAUUUGUUGGCAGUGCUUAUUUUGUUUUAAGUCAAGCAUUUGUUAAAUAUAUUUUCAACAACUCCGUCAUUCAAGACUUUUUUGCCUGGUCUAAAGACACAUACUCUCCUGAUGAGCACUUUUGGGCUACCUUGAUUCGGGUUCCAGGAAUACCUGGGGAGAUUUCCAGAUCAGCCCAGGAUGUGUCUGAUCUGCAGAGUAAGACCCGCCUUGUCAAGUGGAAUUACUACGAAGGCUUUUUCUAUCCCGGUUGUACUGGAUCUCACCUUCGAAGCGUGUGUAUUUAUGGAGCUGCAGAAUUAAGGUGGCUUAUCAAAGAUGGACAUUGGUUUGCUAAUAAAUUUGAUUCUAAAGUGGACCCUAUCUUGAUUAAAUGCUUGGCAGAAAAGCUUGAAGAACAACAGAGAGACUGGAUCACUUUGUCCUCAGAAAAGUUAUUUAUGGAUAGAAAUCUCACAACCGCAUCAUGAUAGUAAAAUCAGGAUGGAAAUAAGAGGGUAUGUGAUAAAUUGAGUCAGUAUGGAAUUGAACACUAUACUAUGCCCAAUACUGUUUAAACUCAGUCCUCCCAUACUUUAAAAGGUGUCCAAAAUUCCAUGCACAAGGGAAAGUGAGCUAGCCAUUGAUGAUAUUAGCCUGCAGUUGGCUAGGUUUUUUUAAUGUUUGUUUUUGCUUGUAAUCUCACUGAGCUAAGUCAGAGAUCUUAAACAUUCAGUUAGUCCUCAAACAUUAUUGAGCACCUAACUGUAUGACAAGCACUUUUUUAGAGACUGUGGUUUAUCCUCAUCAUGGCAAUCUCGGUAUCUUUAAGUUCUCCACAUAACAGUCAGGAUUCUACUGAAGUAAUCAUCCGAUCAUAUAAACCACCCAUUUCAGAGUAGUGUUUAAGUACUGUGACCAACACUCCACUUGUCUCUUAACUUACCUUCCAAGAUAUUUCUUAACCAUUAGAGCAGAGGAGGAAAGACUCACUACCUCAGAAAAAUCUCAAAGAAUAGUCCAAUUUCCUGCUUGCCAAAGCAUAAUCUGCCUUUUGGUGCAUUACUUGGUUAAUUCAGGGUUGAGGAGACUGUUGGGGGGCAUUUAUAGUGUAUGAAAGUUAAGGAAGGGGGUGAGGAUAUGGGUUGGGACAGGUAGUACCUAAAGAGGAGCAAAGGGAUUUAUACAAUAUUUUUAUCAUGUUACAAAACAGUAUCAUGAAUGGCCUUUUUAGUUCAACUGUUUCUUUAAAAUGCAUUUACUGAUUAAAAAUAAGAACUGACCAAUAGCUCCAAGUGUCACACACCAGAACAUUAAGCCUAAGUCUUCAAUUUGUAAGUUAUCAUUCUAGAUAAGUUUCUUUACAAUGGAAUACUUUCUAUGGAAUCAUUAUAAUUCUGUUUUAUGGAACUAUCAAGCUAAGAGUCACUAAACUUUCUUGAAAAGGUUGUGUGAAAUAUGACAGCUUUCUAAAUUAAUUGUUACAGUCAUUCAAAAUUUUUUCUUCUCUGGCAACUGUCCAACUGGAAUCCAGAUUUAAAGUGAUGAAAGCUCUAAGUUUCUCACAGUCUUCUUCUCAGCUUAGUUCCAGAGGAAAACAAAAAAAACUAAUUUUCCUAAGGACACAGCAAGAAUAUUCAUUAAGGAUAUUUUCUAAACCCCACACUUGAGAAAACCACC